AACACCUAGCACUAAGAGACUCCAAAUGAUUAUACCCAUGCACCAACUAGCUUGCAAGUGCAAUAUAUUUGUCCCUCGUUUAAUGUCAAACCACACUUCUCAAAAUGACACAAAACAUGUGGAAUUCUUUAGUCAUUAGUGGCAAUAAAAUUGCUGUAUUUUUCUUCCUAAUUCGUUGGUCUCUUUGUUUUCCCAUUCCUCGUCAAACCAUGCCUGCAUGUUCUACUACACCCACUCAAGAGAAAAGGCUACCCCAUAUGACUUCAAAUGUCAAUGAAAUCUCUGGCAAAUCCUUUGAUUAUAUAAUAGUUGGAGGAGGUACCACUGGUUGUCCCUUGGCUGCAACCUUGUCUGAGAGAUUUUCUGUGCUUUUGGUGGAACGAGGUGGUUCCCCGUACGGAAAUCCUUUGAUAAUGGACAAGAGGUUCUAUGGAUUAUCCUUAAUCCAAAACGACGAAAACUCGUCAGUGGCUCAAAGCUUUAUCUCGGAGGAUGGUGUUCCAAAUCUCCGAGGUAGAGUUUUAGGAGGUUCUUCUGCUUUAAAUGGUGGGUUUUACAGUAGAGCAAGUGGAGAUUUUGUCAAACAGGCUGGUUGGAAUGAGGAGAUGGUGAAAGAUGCUUAUGAAUGGAUCGAAUCAAAAGUAGUUUUUAAACCCGAGUUGACUCCAUGGCAGACAGUGGCUGAAUUUAGCUUCCUCGAAACUGGGAUUUUACCAUAUAAUGGAUAUAGUCUUGAACAUAUUGAAGGUACAAAGGUUGGUGGGAGCAUUUUUGAUCAAUGUGGAAGGAGACACACCUCAGCUGAUCUUCUAAUGGCAGGCAAUUCAAAAAAUAUAACAGUUCUUUUAAAUGCCACAGUAAUGGAUGUAUUCUUUGGAAAUAAUAGUAAAACAGAAGAGAAAAUAGCUCUGGGAAUCAGGUUCAUCAAGAGUGAUGGAAGCUCACACAAAAUUCAUAGAGUUUAUCUCAACCAACCAAAUGAUUCCAGCUCAUUGGGAGAUGUUAUAUUAGCAGCUGGGGCACUAGGCAGCCCUCAAAUUUUAAUGUUGAGUGGCAUAGGUUCUUAUAAACACCUAAAGAGUUUCAACCUUCCAUUGGUGACUGACUUGAAGAGAGUUGGGCAUGGAAUGAAAGACAGCCCUGGACUGGCCGUUUACGUGGACUCCAAGCCCCAAAAACGAUUACCAGAUCCACCUCAAGUUGUGGGCAUCACAGAUAACUUCAAAACUAUAAUCCAGUCACUAGUCCUACCCUUAAGUUUCAACCAAACCAGAAUUCCAAUAGCUACUAAGCUUUCAUUUACAGCAUCAGAAGGGAAGUUAGAAUUAACUAAUACAGACCCAAGAAAUAACCCAUCAGUCAAAUUCAACUAUCUAGACAAAGAAGAAGACUCAAAAGGGUGUAUAAGAAUGGCCAAGCUGCUGCAAAAAGUUGAGAGUUCUCAGUCAAUUGCUUGGUAUUUGGGUACGGAGAAACACAAUAACCAUGUGCUGGCUAUGACUUCUGAAGAUGAACUGAAAAAGUUCUGCAAGAAGAAUGUGAGGACAUUUUACCAUUACCAUGGAGGUUGUUUAGUGGGAUCUGUGGUUGAUAAGGAUUACAGGGUAUACGGUGUCGAAGGAUUGAGAGUGGUGGACGGCUCAACUUUAUCGGAAUCACCAGGGACAAAUCCAAUGGCCACCCUCUUAAUGCUUGGAAGGUACCAAGGAAAAAAGAUUAUUCAGGAAAGAACAAGUUCUGCAAAUUCCGGCCAACAAAACAGAUGAAAUAGUUUAAUAGAUUCCAACAAAAGCCUUCGAGCUUUCUAUGUAUUAUAAAUCUACAUGUAAUAUUAUAGUCCAAUCUUUGAUACAAAUACAAUAUAGUAAGUAUCUGCUUUUCAACUUAAAUCAACCUUUAAACUUACAGCAAAUUCUGAUAAAAAAUAAUAAAAAAAAAAAUCCUAGGGGAAUAAACAAAUAAACAAAUUAACAUCAUUCAAUUCAAACUAAACUUAACACUGAAAAAAUGUUUCCACUGUACAACGGAAGAAAAAAAUGAAUAAUUUUUUUCACAAAAAAUUUCUUUAACCAUGAGUUUCAUUCAUGAUCAACUACUGGAUUUGAGGAUGCAUCAGAACCCUCAACAUCAGAAUCGUUUGAAGGUGUUUGAUUUGAAGAAUUUUCACUACUCCUACUUCUGAUAGAGAAACUAAUCCAAAUCUCUCUCCUUCUCCCAUCUCUGCUACCACCUUCUUCUUCUUCUUCUUCCUGAUCUCUCUUCUUCCGCAUAUCUUCUUGCUCCUCAGGCAUCUUAAACCUGCAGACAGGGCAAGACCCAUGAAGCUUCAACCACUUUCCUAUACAAUCCCCAUGAAACCUAUGCUUACAUGGCAUCUCUUUAGCAACCCCACCAGCUUGAAAUUCAUCCAAGCAAAUCACACACUCCCCAGUCUCACCAUCAUCAUCAUCAUCAUCAGAAAUCACAACACUUGCCAUAGCCUCUAUGGACGCCUUGGAAGCCGGUGGUUGACCAUCCUUGUUACCCAAAUCCCGCAGAAGGGAAUCGAAACUCGAAACCCCGUCGAACACGACCAUGCCUUGAGUGAAGGGAUUGAUCAGAAUGACUCUGUCACCGUCACCGCCAGAAGUUGGUACGCUGUCGUUUUCUCUAUCUUGAUCUUGCGAGUCUGGGUUUUGAACGACACCGUUUGGGAGACCGAAGAUGAAAGGUAAGAACAGAGAGAAGUCUCUGUUCCUCACCAUCCUCUCAAAUAAGGAAGAAAACUCUGAAGCGUCAGCUUCUGAAGCCAUUGGUAUGAUCACAAAGCUCUAAACUUUCAAAGGAGAAAAGGAGAGAAAAUGAAUAAGAGAAUUAACUUGUCAAUACUUCACGAAGAU